AUGGCUGCUAUUAAGUUGUCCUUGUUCAUCUUGUGCCUUCCCCAAUUGCUUGUUCUAUUUUGCUCCUUUCAGCUUUGCUUUAGCUUUAGAGCAAAGCACUUGAACUUGUCAGCCAUUGGCACUCAUUGGGCGCCCGCCGGAGCUACAUGGUACGGCAGCCCCGAUGGCGCCGGAAGUGAUGGGGGGUCUUGUGGAUAUGGAAAGUUGGUGUCGCAAACUCCUUUUUCAUCCCUGGUUACAGGAAUAAGCCCGUCUCUCUAUAACUCAGGCAAGGAAUGUGGAGCUUGCUAUCAGGUGAAAUGUACAAAACACCCAUCUUGUUCUGGCAAAGCAGUGAGGGUAGUUAUAACAGAUUUAUGUCCUGGAUGUGUCUCCGAAUCUGCUCAUUUCGACCUCAGCGGGACUUCAUUUGGCGCCAUGGCUCUUCCGGGUCAAGAAGAAAAACUACGAGACGCGGGAGUUUUGGAAAUUAGAUAUGCGCGUGUGGCAUGUGACUAUUCAGGGAAGACCAUAGCGUUCCACGUUGACCAAGGGUCAAACUCCAACUACUUUGCCACAGUGGUCGAGUUUGAAGAGGGAGAUGGUGAUCUAGGCGCCGUCGAGCUCAAGGAGGGUUCGUCGGAAGAAUGGCGGAAAAUGCAACAAUCAUGGGGUGCGGUUUGGAAACUAGACGCAGGGGCAGAACUACACCCACCAUUGUCAAUCAAGUUGACAUCCCAAUACUCAGGCCAGACUCUUAUAGCAAAGAAUGUGAUCCCUCAGGGUUGGAAGCCUGGUGCCACCUAUAGAUCCGUGGUUAAUUACUUAUAAUAUUCACUUCAUAUAUAUAUAUGUGCGCGCCAUAUAGUCUUAAUUAUGUUUCCAUCUUAUAUUAUAUGUGUGGAAACUUGUAGCUAGGCAUGG